AUGUUAGGGAUACAAAUUUUAGCUUUUAUAUUUUGUUUUGGUGGAAUAGGAGCUGUUAUUGCUGCCACUGCAUCAAAUGAGUGGAAAGUAACUAGCAGAGCAACAUCAGUUAUCACUGCCACUUGGGUUUUCCAGGGUCUUUGGAUGAACUGUGCAGGAAAUGCACUGGGUGCUUUUCAUUGCAGACCUCAUUUUACCAUCUUCAGACUAGAAGGUUAUAUCCAAGCCUGCAGAGGACUCAUGAUUGCUGCUGUCAGUCUUGGAUUCUUUGGCUCCAUAUUUGCACUGGUUGGGAUGAAGUGUACGAAAGUUGGAGGCUCAGAUCAGACUAAAGCUAAAGUCGCUUGUGUAGCUGGGAUGAUUUUCAUACUUUCUGGGUUGUGCUCUAUGACUGGUUGCUCCCUGUAUGCGAACAGAAUUACAUCUGAAUUCUUUGAUCCUACUUUUAUUGCACAAAAGUAUGAAUUAGGAGCAGCUUUAUUCAUUGGAUGGGCUGGAGCAUCACUUUGCAUAAUUGGUGGCAGUAUAUUCUGCUUCUCAAUAGCUGGAAACAGUAAAUCCCCAAGAAUGGAGUACACAUAUAAUGGAGCCACAUCUGUGAUGUCUUCUAGGACAAAGGUCCACAAUAGUGCAGCAGAUUUUAAAUCACCAAAAGGUCCUCCAAAGCACUUUGACAAAAAUGCUUAUGUUUAAUUGUACUGUUCUAAGAUACAAAACCAGUUUUCAAAUCAGUUUGUACAGUUCAUUCACAGAGUGAUUUCCAUAUGAGUACCAGCAUAAUCACCACCAGGACAAUGAAUUUUUAAAAUAUUAACUUGCAGCAUUUUACAUAUUGAUGUAAAUUUUCUUAUACAAUAUUUUAAGAUUUAUGUUGGUGUUAUAUAUAAAUUAUAUAUCUGUAAGUCACUUGCUGUUUUUGCUUUCUACAAAAAAUAAAUAGGAUAUUUACAGAUAAGUUUGUCACCUACUUGAUUUGUAUGAUAUCAAAUGCACAGUAUCUAAUGCAGUACAUCACAGCAGCAGUAUAGGAGCAGGUUCCAAAAUAGGUUUAGGAUUUGGAGCCAGAAGUCACGUUUUGUGCAACUCCCUAUGUAAAAUUUUUCACCAGUGAGAAACAGUCACUUAGAGCCUGAUUUUCAGAAGUGCUAAACACCUUGCAAGUCCAGUUGAAGUCAACAGGGACUGAUGUGAUCAGGAGCUCUGAAAAUCAGGUCCUUUUUUCUCCCUUAGGGUGCCAGUGAACAGAGGAACAGGUGUGGGGGAGACAAGAGCCAAUCAUUCACAUUCCACAGAAGCAAGAGAGGGAGACAGUUAGGUAGAGCAAGAGUUUAGGGGCUGGGGGAACCAGGGCUGACCAGGGAGCCUAGAGAAGGGAGCUGUGACCAAUAUAUUGGAGGGAGUCAGGGCAGACUGUCGGAGAGGGGUAUUUUGAGUUUAAGGCAACUUGAAAGGAAAUUUUGGGGGGCAGAGUGACAGCACCUGAGAGCUUGGGGAUGUGGGUGGAGGGCCGGGGCAAGCUCCUCCAUUCUGCUUUUCCCCACUUCAGCUUGUAUCCUCUGAGCCUGCCGCCAUCCCUCCUCCAGUCUACCACUACCCCAUCUGCCCCUCCCUCUACUUGUCUCUGGUCCC